ACGGACGCAUAGCUUGUUGGACAUGCUGCUACAAUUGGAUAAUUGAUCUCGUAAAUAAUGUGGACAAAGUCGUGGUAAACAGAGUAGAACGUCGUUUUAAGCCUUCUGUAGGGAAUAGAUGAUAUGGGUUAUCUCCCUACUGAGAUCGACAAGUCAAGAUGAGGACAAGAUGACUCCAGGGGAGCCCAACGCAGAGCGCAAAGGACUGCUGUGUGGACUCCAAAGCUACAAACUCAGAGAUGUCUUCACGUGGCAGCUGUUCAAAGCCAUUGCCAUGGGCCAGGGCCUCUCAGCAGCUAUCUGUGGCACUGCAGUCACCUCCCAGUACCUGGCCACGGACUUCCAGUUGAACACACCAAUGCUGCAAAGCUUCCUCAAUUACUCCCUGCUGUGCCUCACCUACACGACUAUCUUAAUCUGCAGGAGAGGGGAUGGCAAUAUUUUGCAGAUUUUAAAAAAGAAAUGGUGGAAGUACUUUCUACUUGGUCUGACGGAUGUUCAGGCCAAUUACACAGUUGUGAAAGCGUACCAGUACACAACUCUGACAAGCAUACAGCUUCUAGAUUGCUUUGUGAUCCCAGUGCUGAUGGUGUUGUCCUGGUUCUUCCUGAAGACGCGCUUCAGACUGGUCCACUAUGUGGCUGUGACCGUGUGUCUGGUGGGCGUGGGGACCAUGGUGGGAGCAGACCUCCUCGCCGGCAGGGAACAAGGAUCCUCUGCAAACAUUCUGUUGGGAGACGGUCUGGUGCUCAUCAGUGCCAGCCUGUACGCCGUGUCCAACGUGUGUCAGGAGUACACGGUGAAGAACCUGAGCCGGGUGGAGUUCCUGGGCAUGGUGGGCCUCUUCGGCACCCUCAUAAGUGGGAUCCAGAUGGCUAUUCUGGAGCACAAUGCUGUGGCUAACAUCCAGUGGAACUGGAAACUUGCUCUGCUCCUGGCUGGGUUUGCCCUCUGCAUGUACAUCCUCUACAGCUGCAUGCCCGUGGUGGUCAGGAUGACCAGCGCCACUGCAGUCAACCUCUCCCUGCUCACUGCUGACCUGUUCAGCCUCUUCUUCGGCCUCUUCCUCUUCCGCUACUCUUUCUCCGUGCUGUAUAUUGUGUCCUUGGUGGCGAUCCUCGCGGGGUUCGUCAUGUUCAACGCCGUGCCAACACUAACCGCAGAUCCAGCUCCUGCCCCAGCCCCGGAGGAAGACGGCCAUGUGUACCAGGGCUCUGUCUUUGAGGUGACCUCCACUGAGCCGGUCUCAGUGGAAGGUGGAGAGGAUGGGGAUAGGGACCGUGAUCCCAAAGGCCUUACGUGGAGACAACCCAUGUCUAAACAAUUAGCAAGUGGAGAGGAGAGGGGGACAAGACUUUAAACUUUUAGAAAGUAUGUUGAUGAGAUUGUUUGUUUAUACCUACUGUACUUUCUGGCUGUAGUUAUUUAUCAUUUCCUGAUGUUUAUGGCCAAACUACACUUCCCAAAGUGCUGAUGCUCCAAGAACAAUUGUGACACAGAAUUUAAAAAAUGAUUGUAUGUGAAGCAAUAUGAUUGGAUUUUAUAGUAAUAAAUGUUUUUAAAAAUCCA